UUUUGGUUUUCCACAGUUUGUUGCCUGGCGGUUUAAUGAUGUUAGGUUAGUUGUCACUUAACCUAAUAACGAUUUCGUUGAAGAACAGUUUGUCAAAAAUAAUAUUACCGCAAAUUUAUAAAACACUGCUUUUUUUAUAAUUACACUGUGUGGUUAAUAACGUGCGCCGUACUUUACGCUGAAGUGUUUCACCACUUUAAAUCUACUGACCCAAACGUCAACACGAUAUAGUUCACAACCAGCAGCCAUAUUUUGUUAACCAACGCUAAUCAAACAACUCACAAUCGAAGGUCGACGCAGGCCUUUGUAAAUCUUGGUUAGGAAGUCAUUUUUGUUUUUCCAAAAUUCCAUAUUAUCAGCAUGAGAUAAUUGGGAGACAUGGAAACUGGAUUUACUUUGUCAUGGGAAGACCCGUCAGGGGAGGUGCAAAAUGAGGAAGUUAUAUGUGGUAUGGACAACGAGUGCACCAUUCUAGCUUCAGACACAGCAGAGUAUGACAAUGUUUGUGAAGAAGUAAUCGUUGAAGAAUCUCAUGAAGAAAUAAUUCAACCUGAAGAAGGUGCUAAUAUUGUAUAUUUAACAACUGACAAUGUUCUUGUUAUGCAACAAUCAAAUGAACAGUUCCAAGAGCAAUUCAUGGAAUGUCAGGUAACCGAGGAAAUAGUGGGAGAACAAUGGAAUGAGAAUUGCCCAGAAAUUAUUGUUGGCUCAGAGGAGCAUGUUGGAAAUGAUGAUCAAAGUGCAGAUGAUAUUGAAAUACCCCUACCAACAGAUCAAGAUCAGUAUACAACAUCAAGACCCUAUCCUUGCGACUUUUGCAGCCGUCGAUUUCGAAGAAAGGCCAAUUUAAUGAAUCACAUGGUGGCCCAUCAAACAGAUCGACCACAUGGAUGCAACUUGUGCGGUGUUCGUUAUAUACGAAAAUGUGAUCUUAUGAAUCAUCUUAAAAUUCAUGCUUAUAUACCAGAUGAUGGUUUAGAUGAUGAAGGGUCACAAACCGUCGACGAUUCUGACACUGAACGCUCGAGAAAAGGCAUAAGAAGAAAAAGAAUAAAAGGAAAGAUAAAAGAUGAAAUAGAAAACGAAACCGAUAAAUUUGGAAAUAGUUCGCGGUCAUAUGACUAUGUAGAUGAAGAUAUGAAACUAAUGGAAGCAAUGGAGAAUAAUUCCAGAUCUGAAUACAAUUCGUUCCUUCCUGAGGAAAAUCACUCGAUUUCUGAACCGAGAUAUCCAGUUAUAGAUCCUAAAAAACCAUUUGUUUGUCAGCAUUGCGGCGUUGGUUUCGCAAGAGAGAAAGCACUGGCUUCACAUUCUCGAGUCCAUGGUGGAGACAGUCCCUUUGAAUGUCGCAGAUGCGGUGAAGUAUUUUGGGAUGCAGCUUUAACCCGACAGCAUAUACGUUUGAAGCAUGGAGGUGCAGAAGACAAUCUAGAAGACGAAGACGAUGACGAAGACUAUUCUGAGCCCGAAGAAACCAAAUAUGGCCAAUGGUUCUGCCCAACGUGCGGAAUGGCAUUUCAUAGGCAGGAUAAUUUAAAAAGACACCAAAGAACCCAUAUUAAAGAAGAAUUCACAAAUGAAUCUGAAUUUGGACACAUCUGCAAUGUUUGUGGGGAAUCUUUCCCAGAAGCAUUGGAUCUUCUUGCUCACGCCGAAGUUCACGCUCGAGGUUCCGAACAUCGUUGCAUGGUUUGCGGUGAAUUAUUUCCAGAUGACCAGUCAGUUGCUGCUCAUGUCCAGGCCAAACAUGGGAAAAGCUUGCCACCAAAUACUUGCAUGCUGUGCGGUCGUACUUGCAAAGACAGACGCACUCUUUUAAAACACUCUUGGGAACAUUCCCGCGAGAAAUUAUUUUCUUGUUCCAAAUGCGGCAAAAGUUUCCAUAAUAAAGCCCGCUUAAAACGUCAUAUGUUCUCACAUAGAAGUAAGGCCGUCACAUGCGAUGUAUGUGGUGAAGAAUUCCCGGACGGACGUUCACUAAUGAACCACCGACACAGUCACAGCAGCGUAUCAGGUCGUCAGUUUCCUUGUCGUGAGUGUGGAAAAACAUUUGGAUCCAGGAGCUCCCAACAAAUUCAUAUAAGAAUUCAUACAGGAGAAAGACCUUACGGUUGUAGAUUUUGUUGGAAAGCCUUUGCGGAUGGUGGCACUUUACGAAAGCACGAACGUAUUCACACUGGAGAAAAGCCCUAUGCAUGUGCUGUAUGUCCUAGGGCUUUUAAUCAAAGGGUUGUACUACGUGAACAUAUCCGUUCACAUCAUUCCGCUCCUGAUCCAAAUUACAGUCACAGCAUGACUCCUUUUUGUUGCUCCGUUUGCUCGGAUAUGUUUUCUACAGCACAAGACCUUAUAGUUCAUCUUAUACAUCAUUGCGACAUGAAUACGGCAAUGAAACGACAACCUCAAGUGGGACCCCGGAAAUAUAAAAGACGUCGUAAGCUUAAACCUCACGAAUUAGAAGUUAUGUCUGAUCUAAUGCAAAGAAAUAAUGAAAAUGAUAACUUUAGUGGAUCGGAUGACGAAUUUAGAAAGAGAACAGUUCCCGUCAUUAAAAAACCGAAAAAUAAGACUCCACCUAAAACAAACAUCGAAGAAAGCUACACCGAAGUGUAUAACAGUUUCACGACAGCGAUAGAGAACAUCAAUACCAUAGUUAAUUCUAAAUCAGUUAAACCGAAGAAAAAACUAAAGCCGGAAUCCCAAGUCGUCCCUUCGAGGCCUAAGAUGAUUCAUACUCAAAAAACUAGAGUCCCUGUUGAAAGUACUGAAGGAGGAAAAAUGCGACAUAAAACCAGAACCUUAGUAACACAUACUCAGCCCGCCGAAUUAAAAUCUGUAACAGGUGAAAGAAUUCGACCUCGUACUAAAAAUGUUAGUUAUCACAUUCUACAAUCAGAAAAAUUCCCAGUUGCAACAUUUCCUGAAGAUGAUACUGCCGAAGCAGUUAACAAUCUUUUGGCCAGUGACCAGAAUAGCAGUCAACAUCAUCAAGAUAUUCUCACUGAUUCUAUUGAAAGUGAUCUUGAACACAUUCAAAGUAAUGGCAUUGUCCAUGCUGUAGUGUCUACACCAGAAGUUGCAUCCGAACAGACUGUGGAGACUGAGAUCCCUGUACCCACCAAUAUUAUCAAGGUCACAACUCGGAAGAAGAGUAACAGCAGCGUGAAGUUAAAACCUGGCAGAAAUAUUAUUGGACCUGGUGGAAAAGUCGUGAGACUUGUUAAAGGCGGUAUGAUAGUAUCUAAAACGAAACAAAUUAAAGAAGAACCACAAGAACCCGAAAAUAUAAUGGCCGAUUAUUCAAGUGGAAAUAGUACCCAUAUGAUUGAAAUUAAGAAAGAAAUAGAACCAAGUCCUUUGCAUGAGUUGGCUGAACUUACGGUGCAACAUGCUCAAAAUAUAUUCAAAUGUGAAAUGUGUAGCGAAGUAUUCUCUGAUCGUGAGCAACUCUUGGUGCAUGUGCCUAUCCACAUCUGAUUGUAAAUGAUUUGUUUGAUUUUGCAGUUUUGAAUUUGUUUUCUUGUAGUCUUUACAUACACAAUAAUUUUUAUCAUUUUUUUAAUAUAAUAUAGUUAAAAGUUAAACUGCAAAGCUCAAACAAAAUUUGUGUAAAUAGCACAUGUUCGCAUAUGUUAUUUAUAUACAUUCACUUUGCAUCUUUAAAACAUUGAAUGAGAAAAAAAAUCUGAAAAAGCAAUGUUUUGUUUUUUUCAGUUUAUUAUAUUGUAUGAAUAUAUAAGAUGUAUAUUAUGGCACAAGUGAAGUACAUUUCUCUAAUUAAUGAUAAAUGCACUAGAACCUGUUAAAGACUAUUUGUUGGAAGUUAUGUUAUGUACCCUUAGAAAAUUGUGAACAUAUUUUUAUACUUAAUUAUUACAAGUAAAUUGUGGGGGAAAACUUUGGUACUGAAUGAAAUCUUAAAUAGGUGCCAUGUAACGCUGGCAUUCAAAACAAGUUAUUUAAAUGUAUAAAAUAUGCUAGGCUAGGAUGAUUGUCACAUUUUGCAUUAAAUGUUUAUAUUAUACAAUAUAAAGUAGAUGUUUUUGUAGCUAUUUGUUAGCCGUAAUUAUUUAUUAGUUAUUACUAUAACCAAGCAUACUGUUUGAUUCAUGUUUAAAACCACUCCAGAAGUAGCAUUUAAAAGUUGGGGGUUGUGUAAUAUAAAAAUAAACAUGUAAAAGUUUUGAUGUUAAAAAAAUAAAACAUUUUAUCAAAAAGGAACUUUUAACUGCAAAAUAAACAGGUAUCAAAACUGCAUAUUACCACUUAAAUUCAGGAAUAAAAGUAAGUCAUAUUACAAUAAGCUAUUUUCAUGAAAAGAAAUUUUUGUAUUUUAAAUUCUACUUCUGGUUAAUUAGAAUAUUUCCCAAUUUGCGGAAGUGGCUGGUUCAUAAAAAGUGGAUAAAAAAGAAUGGAAAACUUUCAUAAUUUUAAUCAAUGCCGACUUUUAAUGAAAUUAAAAUGUUAACUUUGUUUAUAAAUGCGCUUUUUAAUAUUUUAGCUAAAUUUAGAAAUGGCGUAGGAUGCUAAUCAGGCUUUAAUUUUUUUAAAGACGCUUAUGAAAAAUUGCAAGGUUUUACCAAUUAAGAAGAUAUUUUUUUGUUCCCUAAUAGAAUCAGUUCUCUUCCUAAAUGGCAUACUGUAAUUUUCCUGUACAUAAUUCUAAAAUUUAAAUGAAUACCUGUGUACUUUAAUGGCGUAUAAUAAAAAUAUUUCAUUAAUG